AUUCGAACACAGUGCCGUGUGGACAGUGUAGUGGGAAGUGUGGUCCAUAAGCGCGAAUGAUAAGCGUUCACGUUUGCCUAGAUGGCAAAGAUAUAAAUACUGCUACUGCAGCAGACCGAUGCUUGCAGUUGCAUUUACAAAGUAGCAUCGUUCAGUGCGUUUUGUUCGAGUGAUAUUUGAAUUGAAAAGCAUUUGUAGGGAACGUUUUUACGAUCAAAGAUAUUGAAAAUGCUGUGCUCAAGAUCAUCUAUAUUUUACGCAGUGUUUGCGUUUAUUUUCGUAUCGGUGUUGCAUGACGCCAUGGCAUUGCAAUGUCGCAACUGUCUAAGCUCAAAAAGCUUCGCAGAGUGUGAAAAGAUGGGAGAAGUAGUCGAAUGUAAUUCCACGAUUGUCAAUCAAAACCACCAAUCCUUCCUGCCAGAUAAUCCGACUUUGCCACAAGGCAAUUGGACUGAAUUUAAAUGCUACCAAUUGCAAGUCGCUCGGUUGCACCAAAACAACUCUGACACCGGAUUGCGCGGAUACGCUCGGGGAUGUACUUUUCUGCACGUAAACUUUUGCAACGGUUGGACCAGCACCCUAAACCUUACCAGUUGCUCAACGUGCACGUCGGACAACUGUGACCAACACCUUCCUACGGUAGCACCCGAGCUCCCAACAACAACUACUACGAAAAAACCAUCUUCUAAUGGAGCAAAUGUAUUAACGUGGCGAAACCUCUCCAGUUUAGGUUGUCUGAGCGUCGUGAUCAUUCUUCUAGCAGCACGAUAAUUUUAAUAAACAUAUAAAUAGCAAACAAACAAACAAAGACCCGUAAACAAGAGACCAUCAUCUAUCUUAGAGGGAUUGCAUUACAGCAAUUAUCCCCAGUACGCGAUACUCGAUUUACGCGAAUUUGCUGCAUGCGAUUCCUCUAAAUUUGACAGCACGAUGUGUUUUUUGAAUAUAUUUUAAUAAUUUGAAAUAUUUUAUGCUUCCAUCGAUUUAUGAAUUUCAAUCAUCUUCAAAAACCAUGUUGCGUCGAAUUUGUGUAAAUGAUGCCUGUUUACAAUAAAAAUAUUUAAUUCAAAACUCUGUUUCGACAUUUA